UCCUGCAGAUGGAGCCUGUGACCGGCGCGGCGGAGACGCUCACUGACACCACAGACUACGAGUACGGGACCGCGGCCGUUGGCUAUCUGUGCAGCACCUUCGACAUCAACGACUUCGCCAAACACUUUCUUCCCCCAUUCUACUACAUCAUCUUCAUCCUCAGCAUUCUGGGAAACGGAGUCGUUCUGCUCGUCAUAUACAAGUUCGAGAAGCUGAACACGGUCACGAAUAUACUCCUCAUCAACCUGGUGGCGUCCAACAUCAUCUACACGCUGACGCUGCCGCUCCAGGCCGUCCACCACUCCGGCCAGUGGGUGUUCGGGGAGGCGGUGUGCAAGCUGGCCAACAGCGCAGACCGGCUCGGCUUCUACAGCUCCAUCCUCUUCCUCACUCUCAUGGCGUUCGACCGAUACCUGGCCGUGGUCCACUGUGUGGCCGCCAGCAGACAGCGCAGAACCUGCUACGCCGUGGCUUUAUCUUCAGCGGUCUGGAGCAUUAGCCUCCUCGCUAGCCUCGACGCCUUCAUCCAUUUCACGGUUGAAGAGUAUCCGAAGUACGAGUUAGUGUGCGAAGACUCGAGCGAACCCCAGUGGAAGGUCUUCGGCCUCUACAAGCAGUUCGUGCUGUUCUUCAUCUUCCCGCUGAGCGUGUUCAUCUACUGCUACUUCAGGAUCACGCUAACCGUCAUGGCCACGCGGAUGAGCGGCAAACACCGCACUGUGCGGCUCAUCUUCGUAAUAGUGCUGAUGUUCUUCUCCUUCUGGAGCCCGUAUAACAUCGUACUCAUGCUGAACGAGCACCGAGAUCCCGGCGAGUGUGACAGUGUGCUUCCGUACGCCGAGUACGUCACCGCGAACAUCGCUCGCCUCUAUUUCUGCGUCAACCCCGUCUUUUACACCUUUCUGGGAAGAAAGUUCCAGAACCAUGUCCGAGGAGUGUUGAGGGAUCAAGCUUCGUGUUUAUCGAGCCAAACUCUUCUCAGCGGGAGCAGCAGAACGCUAGCUUAAGAGGUUAGCAUUACACUGGAUAUG